AUGAAUAACUUACAAAUAUGGUUUUUAAUUUUUAACCUUGUCUUUAUUGUGUAUCCAAAAGUAACACAAGCUAAGGACCUUAGUAGUGCCAUUGGUGUAUCAUGUUUCUAUUUGUACUCAAACAAUCUAGAAAAAUACCCAUUUGAUUGCCCAGUUCCAGAUUUACAUCAAAAAUGUCUCUGUACAAAUGAAGUUUAUAUGCUUUCAGUUUUAAACUGUAUAGAUUAUGGAGCUCGGAAUUCAGAAGAUGUUACUAAAGCUUAUAACUAUUUAAUUGAUGUCUGUAAAAAUCAAGCCAAUGUGGAUUUACAAUUUGAUCAAAUAGUUCAAAUUUUCAAGGAAAGACAAUCUGAUUUCAAAACCAUGGAAGCUCAAAAUGCUGAUUAUAAUGUCUAUUUAGAUGAAAUUACUAAGUACCAGUUAGAAAAUCCAGAUAUAAAGGGAAUGGAGGUUGAGGAAUUCCAAUUGCAACAUCCAAUAUACAUUAAUACAACUGAAUAUCAACUAGCAUUACAAGUUGUUCAAAGCAUAUUACACAAUAAACAACUUAGUAAACAUAUGGGAAUAAUGAUGCUACUUUAUUGGGGUAUUUUGGUCUUUAUUGGCCUAGCCAUUAAUAUAAUUAAAUGGACUUUCCCCCGCUUACUUUUUCGAAUGAAUAGGAUUAAGUUGUUUAGAUGGCUGAGAAAAUACCUAAUUGAACUACAGUUUUUUGAACACAAAGCGAUUGCUCCCAAUGAAAGUAAAACUGAGCAUGAUAUUAAUAUCAAUAGUGCUUCGUUUACAAGCAAUAGAGAAUUGGAAGGUCAUAAAAAAAAUAUUGUUAACAAUAACUAUAAUAAGAACGUAAUUUUUAAAAAUAUCAUUUCAGUAAUGGUCCCCACAAGGAUCGAAUCAGUCAUUAUUUUGGGUUACUUUAUAUUAAUGGCGAUUUUUAUUUGUUCUAUGUACGUUUCUGUUGAAGCAAAUAUUAUUUAUAAAAAUGGAAGUAGAGCAUUGAGGUACUUGUUUAUUGCAGAUAGAUCUGGUAUUAUUGCGAUAACCCAAUAUCCCCUAAUAUGUUUAACUGCUGGGAGAAAUAAUAUCUUAGCUAUCCCCACAGGAUGGAAUUCCAAAACAUUUGGCAUCUUUCAUAAAUAUAUUUCACGCAUUGUAUUUGUCAUCAUCUGUAUACAUGGCACUUGUUAUCUGUUGUUUGCAUCAGAAAAUAGCAAUCAUAAAGACAAAGGUUUUUUUUUUAAAUGGAACCCUGCCAAUAUUUCGUGUGCAUCUGGGGCUUUCAUACUUUUAUUAUCCUCCAAGUUUAUUAGAAACUACAGUUAUGAAUUAUUUAAAAUCUUACAUGGGAUUUUAUCUAUGGCAUUUUUUAUGGGAACCUAUUAUCAUAUCAUUGCUUUAGGAUGGCUGGCAUUUUGGUAUUUUGCAGUUUUUAUUUGGAUAACUGAUUAUCUUGUUAGAAUAACGAAGAUUAUAUAUUCGGGCGGUUUAUUGUGGGCAGAAUGUGAAGCAGUUAUGGAUCAUGAUAAUCCCACAAAUGUGCACUCAAUUAAAAUAAUUAUUUCACAUUCUGGAUGGUGGAGACCGUACCCAGGAUGUUACGUGUUUCUUUAUUUUUUAGAGCCUACCAUUUUUUGGGAAUCACAUCCAUUUAUGGUUGUUGAGCCUUCAAAGGAAGAAUUAUCAGAUAAAUUGGUAUUCUUUAUUAGGGUGGGAAAUGGUGUAACUAGAAAAUUGGGUGAUUUGAUUUUGAAAAACGCGAAACAAAUUAAGAACAUCCCAGUUUUCGUGGAGGGGCCAUAUGGUUCUUGUUUAGCUCUUGGCUCAUAUAACAAUGGGCUAUUUUAUGCAGGUGGUCUUGGAAUUACUGCAAUUUACACCUUGGCAUUGGACUUGGCUAAAAAAUACAAGUCUGAUAUAUUAUUAAAGACUAGAGUUGAAGGUUCGAAAGAAGUAAGUGUACCAAAUAAUAUCGAUAUUGAUAAGCAGGUCAUCAAGAUGGAUCCAAUGAUUCGAGUUUUAUGGUGCAUACCACAUAUCCACUAUUUAGAGAUUUGUGUAGAUGAAAUUAUGGCUUUGGCAAAUGUCAGCCAAGAAUUAGUACUAAUAGACAUUUAUGUCACCAGACUAGAUAAUGAAGAUAUAAAAUAUUGCCAAACUUUAGAAUCUGGAAUUUUAACGCCUCAUAAUAAGCAGAUUAUUGGACCCCUUGAUGCUCUGAGUAGUGUUAAAAUAAACGAAGUGUCAGGCACAGCAUUAGUUCCCAGUGGAUAUAUUGAUUAUUGGGAAAGUGCAGCAUUAAAGGAUGAACAUAACUAUACAACCGCCUUUUAUGAAAUACAGCAACGAGUCAAACCGCGUCAAAAUGGUAGUCAACUUUCUGAGAAAAAAUUAACUGCAGCUGCUGUUUCUACCUUGGCGAGUAGUGACAACUGUACGGAAACUUAUGAAAUCAAUGCAAUACACAAAAGCACUAGUUCUCUAGGUGUUGAAAGUAACAUAUUAAUAGCGCUGAAUAAUCACUUAGUUGAAAAUACUACUAUUAAAGUAGCAUCUCCCGUGAACAGCGAGGAGCAGCAUAGCAUUGAGCUUGGUAGUGAUAUUAAACAUACUACUAUUAGUAAUAACAAGAUAGAAUUUUUGGAGGUUGAAAAAGUUUUUACGCCUGAGAUGGAUCAAGUAAAGGAAAUACUAGACAAGUUAGUGCCAAAUGUAUACGUUCACUUUGGUAAUAAGCCACGUAUCUCAGAAAUAGUUUUAAGGCAAGUAGAUAUAUUGGAAGGGUCUGUUGCUAUAGUAUCUUGUGGGCCAUCUUUAAUGAAUAGAGACGUCAAAGCUGGUUAUUUACAGACAUUAUCUACCUGGAGAAAAGACAAAGAAAGAGUUUAUUAUUUUGAAAAAGAGUUAGCUUGGUAA